AUGCUGCACGUAACCCUGCCGCCGCGGGUUCAGCGGCGCUUGCCGUUCCAGGCAGGCGGGCGAGUUCUCGGGGAGGCUGAGUACAAGAACAUGCGCGCGCGCGCCUGCUGUCGACCUGCAGAUUUUAACGCGUGUCUCUUCUCGGCAAGAGCUUCGCCUUUCACCAAGAGAAGAGGGACAAACGUCGCCCCGCGGCGUGUCUCUGCUCCCGCCGCGCUCGCCCUCAGGGACAUCGACUGCGGCGGAGAAGGCCGUGGAGCCCGAGGAGACGGAAACGAGGAAAGUUGCAGCCGUCGGGUCGCGGAGGCGUGUGCAGGGGAUUCGCGAACAAGGCGCAGGCCGCGAGGGGAGACGGCGCGCGUGUCCCCCCUGCCUGUGGAGAGUGAGAGCCGAGCUGCGCUGGAUGAGAUCGCCAUGGAAAAGGCAAGAGAAACGUCACAUGAGCAUCUUCUUCUCUCGCAUUUGUCAAGCGAACGCACUGCCGAGCAGCGCAGUUCCGAGGUAGCUGCUGGACCUUCAUCGCCGCUGGAAAGCCCCGCGCCCCUGGCCGCCUCUGCCGCUUCAAACUCCCAGGCACCUGCUUCGGAACCCGCAGGCGCAUCCGCCUCCGCUCCAGACACAGCGCAUGGUGAAGGACAAGCUUCAGGCUGUGCUGCCUCAGAGCCUGCGUCUCCUCCGCGGACGGAGUCUUUCCUUCGACAGCGACGACCCCCUUCCCUGCGGCUCCUGUUGCUCGUGUUCUGCUGUGGCAGCCUCGCUGCGUUUUCCUCCGUCCUGGGCAAGCUCGCUCUGGAUUUCCACUCUGACGCUCCGCUCGUUCGCGCCUCUCUUUUCCUCACCACUUUCCUCGCGCCUUCGCUCACGCCGCCCCCCGCCGAGCGGGUCUCGCGCGCGUUCCCUGCGCCAGGAGACAGCGAGGGCUCCCCAAAGGCCGGAGACCUGACGCGAGAAGACGGUCCCUUCAGCGGCGCCGAACGGCAGACGCACUCUGUUGGAGCGGAGGGCCCUGCAGGUUCCGCUGCGCUGCCAGAGGAGGAGGCCGGCGAAGGUGACGCGUUUUCUCGCGCGCGCCUUCCUUCGUCUCUCCUCUCUCUCCUGCACGCGGUUGCCACGAACUGCGUGUUUGGAGGGUGUGGGAAGCGCGACUGGCAGGCAGGGGUCAAGACGCCGCUUGACGCUGCCGCCCGGGACACGGCAUCUUUUUCUUUUUUGCGCUUCUCCUUCCCUGCCGGCAUUUCGCAGUUUUUCUCGGCGCCCUGCGAAGGCGUUCUGCGGCUGCCUUGCGGCCUGCUGCUGCUUCUCGCCGCCCUGCGCCUGGGUACGCUUCUGGUCAUGGUUUUCUCCAACACACUGCUUCUGCACUGUCACUUUCUGGCGCUGUUUGAGUCGUCCAACGCGUUCAUUCCCUCCGUCCUGACCUUCGUGUUCAACUUCCUGCUCUCGGGCCUCUUUUCGCUCCUCGUCUUCCGUGAGGCCCUCUCCGUGCGCUGGCUGGCGGGCGCGCUAUCCAUGCUUACUGGCGUCGUUCUCUUGAUGAGUGGAAACCGUGAGAACAGCGAAUCCGCGCUCCAGAGACGAAACUCUCAAGACGUGAUUGACGCGUCCGAAAAGAAAGAUCAGUGA